AAAAAUAUGUAACCCUAAAUCUUUCUUAUUAAAACCACACUUCAUCUCAUACCGUCGCUUCUCAGCAGCACCAGCACCAGCACCAGCACCAGCAAGCACGUCUUCUUCUUCUCGUUGCUGCUUUGAUCUGUGAAGAUGUUCACUACAAAGAAGAAGAUCCAAAAGGACAAGGAUGCUGAACCAACUGAGUUUGAGGAGACAGUUGCCCAGGCAUUAUUUGACUUGGAAAAUACCAGCUCAGACCUGAAAAGUGAUCUAAAAGAUCUCUUUAUAAAUUCUGCGGUUCAAAUAGAUGUUGCUGGAAACCGCAAAGCUAUUGUCAUUUAUGUUCCCUAUAGACUGAGGAAAGCUUAUCGCAAGGUUCAUCUUCGCCUUGUUCGAGAGCUGGAGAAAAAGUUCAGUGGGAAGGAUGUUGUUCUGAUUGCUACCCGAAGGAUCGUGCGCCCACCAAAGAAAGGCUCUGCUGUUCAGCGCCCCCGCUCCCGCACCCUAACUGCUGUGCAUGAGGCCAUGCUUGAGGAUUUAGUGUAUCCUGCUGAGAUUGUUGGAAAACGCACCAGAUACAGGAUUGAUGGAUCCAAAAUUAGCAAGAUCUUCUUGGAUCCCAAGGAGCGCAACAACACCGAGUACAAGCUAGAAUCAUAUGCGGGAGUUUACCGGAAGCUUACAGGAAAAGAUGUGGUUUUUGAUUUCCCGGUAACAGAGGCCUGAAGAACUGUUGAUGAGUUUUUGUAAUGUUAUUCUAUUCAAGAGUUCUAUAACUGGAGGCAGAUAGGAUACUAUUUAAAAUUUUGUCUCUUGAAUUUGAUUGAAUGUCAUUUGAAUAGGACACGUUUCUUCAAGGUUCCUUUUACCAUGCA